UAUAGAGAUUCAAGGUAGGUAGCACACAGAGUUAUAUGGCAUCGUUGUGCUCUGUAUGGUCGAUCGGAGUCUCCAAUCUGCCGCCGUCGUUAACUCCUAAACCAGUAAAGAGGUGCAGAUGGGUCCUUUCGGCUGUUCUAAUUAAUGCCAAUGACAAUAGUAACAAAGGAAUUCAAUCGCAAACCAAUAUCAGCGGCAUCACAAUGCGUACUUCUCCUACCUCUGGGAAUUACGAGCAGCAGUCGAAGUCGAAGCGGGUCUGGGUAUGGACCGAAAGCAAGCAAGUCAUGACUACAGCAGUUGAGAGGGGUUGGAACACAUUCAUAUUCUCUUCUUCCAAUAGAGCACUCGCGAGCGACUGGUCAUGUUGUGCAGCAAUUGCAUUAAUAUAUCCUCUCUUCCUUGAAGACGGAGAGAUUUUGGAUUGUGAAAACAGAAAAGUAGCUACAUUUUCCGAGAUUGCUUCACCUCAACAAUUGCAAGAGCUCCAUCCAGUGGAUGAACUGGCAGAAAAUGUAGUUAUUAGUCUGCUGGAUUGGCAGGUAAUACCCGCAGAGAAUAUUGUUGCAUCAUUCCAAGGUAGUCAGAAAACAGUGUUUGCCAUCUCAAAGAGUCCCUCUGAAGCCCAAAUUUUCCUCGAGGCCUUGGAACAAGGUCUUGGUGGAAUUGUUUUUAAAGUUGACGAUGUUGGUGCUGUUCUUGAACUACAGGAUUAUUUUGACAGAAGAAAUGAAGUGAGGAAUCUGUUGAGCCUGACGAAGGCCACUGUAACCCAAGUUCAAAUAGCUGGAAUGGGUGAUCGUGUGUGCGUGGAUCUUUGUAGCCUCAUGAGACCUGGUGAAGGACUUCUGGUUGGGUCCUUUGCCAGAGGGCUUUUCCUUGUUCACUCAGAAUGCUUGGAGUCAAAUUAUAUUGCUAGCAGGCCUUUCAGAGUCAAUGCGGGCCCAGUACACGCCUAUGUUGCUGUUCCAGGAGGUAAAACUUGUUAUCUUUCAGAGUUGCAAGCAGGUAAAGAGGUUCUUUUAGUUGAUCAAAAUGGUCUGCAACGGACAGCAGUUGUGGGGCGUGUAAAGAUAGAGACAAGACCACUUAUCCUUGUGGAGGCAAUGAAAGAUUCGGAUUGUGAAACUGUCUACAGCAUCCUUCUACAGAACGCAGAAACAGUUGGCCUAGUCUGUCCAAUCCUAGGAAAUGAAUCAACAAAAACUGCAAUUCCUGUGACUUCACUCAACGUUGGGGAUGAAAUUAUGUUAAUAGUACAGGGUGGGGCCCGCCAUACAGGGAUAGAAAUCCAGGAGUUCAUUCUUGAGAAAUGAUUU